AUGUGCCUAUUUUCACCACCGGUGUUGGACAAUUCCACAGGGCUUCCCUUGAGGCCGGGGCUACCCACGGGCUGGUAGGUGUAGAUUCGACACUUCUUUUUGUCUCGGUGACAGAACAAUACAGUGUUCCUGCUCCUCUGGUGCGUGCAGCGAAUGCCAACCGGUCCUUUUCGCCCAACUGAAAAAUUGCCAAGUCACAGAAGUGCACACAUACGUAAGAUUCCAACAACGGUUACCUCUAGGCACAACCACGACGAUCACAACUCCUAUAUACCUUUGAUACGGACAGAAAAAUAAGAGACCGCCCGUCACCCGCAUAGCAACAGCCUUCAGCCCCAGCAAAGGCGGUGUUGUUCCGGAAACAGCGCUCAAUAACCAACGCCGCCUGCUAAAUGGCGCUUCACCGCAGCACAUCGGUGUUGUGAUACGUACGUACGUAAACCUCCCGACUCUUUCGUCCUUGACAAAACACUCCCCGCGCCCCGAUCACGAUUGUCGUGGCAGCAAGCAAGCAAUACGCCCCAAACGCCCACGAAUCCCUUGCAACUCCUCAUUGUUAUCCAACACCGUUGCUCGUGUUGCCAACGCCCGUCGCAAUCCUACCUUGCUACCGCCGUGACCGUUCUAACCCCCCCCCUGGCGACGUGAAUGGUCAACGACUACGGCAUGCA